AAUAAUUCUUAUUUUUAGAAAAUAGAACACUCAAUUUUAAUUGAAUAAAGCAAUACCUACAAUUAAUUUCGGUGACAAUUAUUUUUUACGAAAGAAGAAAGAAAAAGCAUUUUUAAUUGUACAAGACGCGAACUGAAACGAGAAUAAAUGAAUUUUGUGGGAGUCGUUUUAAAUGAGUGGUGCGUUAAUUGUGAUACAAACGAAAGUGUACUCUGUGACAUGGACAUCAAGUUCCAUUUACAAUGAAGUGAUUUCAAUUCAGAUUUCAAAAGAACAUGUGUUCAAAACAGUGUUUAAAUAAAGUAAAUUAAACAAAAGAAGUUUUGUGCCUGUCCCAACAGUAGCACUGGUGUUGGAUUUUUGUCUUAUUGCGAAGGGAAUAAGGUACAAAAAUGAAUGUGCCGAUGAAAGGAGGUCCGGCGCCCACGGUGGCCGUGGUACCAGUUCCGGAGAGUGAGAUGGAUGCACUGCUUCUCGGGAGGACAGCGGUGAGGACAUUUGAUCAGUACGUCAGAAAUGAGUUGGCAGCCGCAACCCCAACGCAGAGGAACUGGCGAGGGAUUCUCAUCGCUCUGUUGGUAAUAGCCGCAGUCCUCGGCCUGAUCGUCUUCAGCAUCGCACUCCUGACGCCAGCGGGGGAUGGCGGUAGGGUGCGGGGGAGGAGGCCGACCUUACAUGAUGUGUUGGGAGAACAUUAUAAGCCUUUUAACGGGACUUGGCUUACAGACGAGGAGCUGGUCUUCAGAGACAGAUGGGGUGGGCUCACGCUGUUCAACGUCAAGAACUUCACCACCAGACUUCUCAUGAAUAAUUCUACAUUCAGAGAACUAAAUGCCGUAGACUUCAAAGUGUCAGCGGAUCUGAAGUUCGUGCUGCUGAUCUCCGACGUAAGGCCCGGGUGGAGACACGCGCGCCUCGCACGUUAUCACGUCUAUGACGUCAUUAACAGGAACAAGAUCCCAGUGUCCCCAAUCGAGGACGACCGCUCGGCUCCCCUGCUGCAGUACGCGGAGUGGUCCCCAGUCGGAGCCACGCUGGUCUUCGUGCAUGACAACGAUAUUUACUUCAAGCCUAAAGUCUUCAAGACGCUCGUCUGCAGGAUCACUAAUAAUGGGAUCCCAGGCGUAAUAUUCAACGGCGUGCCAGACUUCCUCUACGAGACCGAGGUCUUGCGCCUUGACAAGGCGCUGUGGUUCAGCCCAGAUGGCCAGACCCUCAUGUAUGUGACAUACAACGACACACUGGUCCAGUCUCACAAGUACCCCUGGUAUGGGCUGGACCUGCAGGAGCCGCCCGCGUAUCCCACGAUACGGACCUUGAGGUAUCCGAAGGUGAACACCAACAAUCCAGUGGUAACAGUGAACGUGGUGAGCGUGAAGACUCCGAAGUACCUGUUCUCUCACGCCAUACAGUUCUCCUCGCAAGUUGACGAUAGCUGGUACGUGAGAUGGACGGGCUGGACGUCUGAGAAGCAGCUGGCGGUGCUACUGCUGAACCGGCCGCAAAACGUCUCCCUCGUCAGCGUGUGCAGCGCUGUGCACUACAACUGUCAAGAUAUAUACCGCGACGAGUCGGACGGCUCCCGCUGGUCGGGCCUCGGCUCCGAGCCUUCAGAAGACGACUGUGGGUGGUGCGGAGGGAUGGCCCUGGUCGGCUCCAAGUCUACCAUCUACACAACAAUGCCAGUUGCCGACCUGCCGCCGGCCGGCACGGGCGGCUGGUGGAGGCACGCCGUCAGGUUGACGCAGGACUCGAGAACGACCCUAACAUUGGGCAGCUACGAGGUCACCCAGUUAAUGGGGUGGGAUGAGACUAGAAGAUAUUUAUAUGUAAUAGGCACUGCACCAGAGAAAGCCGGGGAGCGGCACCUGUACCGCGUGAAGGUGCCGACGGACCCGGCGUCGUGGCCCGACGUGCCGACCUGCCUCACGUGCCCGGGCGCCGCGCUGCUGCCGCCCAUAGCCACUGCUGAGCCUGUCACUGAUGACUCGGAGCUAGACAACGCGACAUCAGGCCUGCCAGCAUGGCCGACAUCGACAGUGCUGCCACACGUCGCCGACGAGAACGACACGCUCCCGACAGAGUGUCUCUACAACCGCAUCAUGUUCAGCAAGAACUACUCCUAUUAUGUGCAGGAGUGCCUAGGCCCGGGUCCCCCCGCCACGUUCGUGUGCAGCCACUGGGGCGGGCGGCGCGCGGUGCUGUGGGACGGCCGGCCGCUCGCGCAGAAGUUCGCCGCGCUCGCCCAUCCGCAGGUCAAGGACUUCCGAGUUGAGGUGCAAGCGUAUCGAGCAGCUCGCGUGCGACUCCUGCUGCCUCCAGGGUUCAGAGAAACUGAUGACCUGCCUCUACCACUCGUGUUGCACGUAUCGGCACAACCUGGUGGACAGCUGGUGACUGAGCGGUGGAAACCAAGCUGGGGCUGGUACUUGGCUGCGGCGAGGAACUUCAUAGUUGCUGAAAUUGACGCCAGAGGAUCUGGCGGUCAGGGAGAAGAGCUAAGAACAGAAAUAUACCACAAACUCCUGUCGGUUGACGUGGAAGAUCAGAUAGCUGUUCUAGCCUACCUCCGCGACAACUUAAAGAUGGUGGACGGUUCCCGCGUGGGCGUGUGGGGGCGCGGGUUCGGCGGCGGUGCGGCGGCGGCGCUGGCGGCCGGCGAUGCGCGCAACGUCACGCGCUGCGUCGCCGCCGUCGCGCCGCUCACUGACCUUAGGCAUCAUAACUCAUACUGGACGGAGCGGUACAGCGGCUACGGGUCGACGUGGGCGGGCACGCUGGGCGUAAACGCGGUGUGGCGCAAGGCGGGCAACCUCCCACCCCGCCGCGUCCUCCUCGCCCACGCCGCCGCCGAUCUCACCGCGCCGCCCGCCCACACCCUCGCCCUAGCCCGGGCACUCAUCCGCAGCGCCGCGCUCUACACACACCAGGUGUACCCCGACGAAGGUCACAGCUUCGAGCGCUCCUCGAUCCACCUUCACAAAACGAUGGAGCAGUUCUUCGACGAAUGCUUCGGCCCCGUAGAGGUCGCUGACUGGGACACUGGCGGCGUCGGGGGUCUAUUCCCCUUCCGCGACUAGUAUUACGAAGAGGGGAACGGCGAGUCCUCCCCUUAGAGUUGCGGACUUAUCGAUAGUAGGUAUCGAUUGGAAUCGAUCCCCGUUUGGAGGAAGUUUGCGGAUGUUUUCCCUGGGUGCUGUUUAGGUCAAGAUAGAUAGUCGAAUAGGCACUGGUCAGAAACAAUAUUAUUUUAAUUAAAAAAAGAUGUGCUAUUAACUGAGAUAUUGCGUUUUCUCUUGAUUGGAACAUGACUAUGUGCUUUUAAGACCAACAGAUAAAUUGUAUCACACAGUCAAAAUAGAUAUUUCGUCACUUACUUUAGAAAUGCUUUCAAUAAGUUUUUGCUUUCGAAGUUAGUUCGUGAAAUGACAAUCAAGCUAAACAAACAAAAAACAAUCGGUGUGAUGCAAUAAAAUGUAUAAUAAUGUUCAUUUUUGGAAACAGAUGGCAUGUUUCUAAAGAAAAUCUAUUAAUAUCAGGCUAGUGAGAAAUAUGUACUACUUAGAUGACAAGAAAUAAAAUAUUCGAGAAAAUGACAAAAUUUUAGAAAUUAUUAUUAUUAUGAAGUGGUUUGGCAAGAUUCGAUAAUGUAUUAAAAUGCCAAAUAUUGACUUCCAAAAUAAUGAAAGCAUAAAAUAAUUGAAGCGUGUUUGUGUCUAAAUUCAAAUUGAUAAAACAACAAUAUUAAAAUUAUUGUUUUGAUAUACUAGGAGACGGCAUUUCGAUAUUGUAGCUAGAAAAUAUCUGUGUCGGAUUAAGUUAUGUGUUCUAAGUGAAAAAUAAUUAAUUAAUAAAAAUGAAUAAAAUAAAAAUUCGGUAAAACCAUGUUUUGACCGGUUGAACACCGUGGAAAACAAUAAACUAUACAAUAUACUACCUAUUUCAAUAUAUAUUUAGACUAGGAUAGUCUCUUGUGAUACACACAUAUAUAAAUUGACACACAUCAUACAACCACACACACACCAGGUAUGUCACAAAGACACGCUCACACAGACACACUGACACACACACAAACGCACUUCACAUACACGAAGACGUGGGUUAACAAGCCUGUGUUCCCGAAUAGUAUUUGAAAGUAUUAAUAAAAUUAAAACAUGGUUUUAAACGUAUCUAAAAUAAAACAGUAAUGGUGCAUAACUGUGUUGGCAGUUAUAAAAUAACAAUUUAUAAAGUAUAAGCCUAAAUACGUCGCUAAAUAGAUAAAUUGUAACAAUAAAUGUUUACGGUCGUUGGUGUGUUAGGAAAGUAAUAUCGUAUUAAUUUUAAAAAUAAAAUAUAUUAUGUGAAUGUUCUUGGACAAUUUUGUACGAAAAAUAUUAUAUUUAUCAAUUUAUUAAUUCCUUUCUCACAAUUUAUUUGAGUACGACAGGUGAUUUCAGUAAUACUACAUUCCAUUAAGUGUAAUAUGACACCGUGUUAAAAUUACCCGAUCUCGAAUUCUCGAAUUCAACACUUUUUCUCAAGUUCAAAAUUGUUCACGAACAAAAUAAAAGGGAUAAAGAUGUCCCUGAAAAUUUUCUUAUGAUUACUAUAAGGAGAAGAUAACUUAUUUUAGUGUAAAAUGUAUCAACUUUUAUCUAUCUACAUAUAUAUUUCUAUGUCGCUUUCAAUGUCAGAGAAGUAGCUUUAAAGUAAACUUAGGCACGUUAUUGUCUAAAAGAUAUUAUUUAGUUUUGACUAUUCUAGUCGUUAAAUCUAGUCACUUAGUCUAAAGUCUAUGUAUCUAUAAUUUGGGCACAAUAUCUUGAUCUCUUUCCAAAUACUAUUAAAUCUUUAGGCCAUAUUCAUAUGUAGUACAAUAGUGGAUUGUAGUAACUACUUAAAUAAAUAGAUCAAAGAGUAUUAGAGAUAUCCAAGGCUUAGAUAUUAAAAUACACCAAUGAAAUGGACCAUAACAUCUUGAGUCAAUAAAAAUCAAAACAUAGUAUAGGACAAUUGUACUGCAUAUGAUAAAACAAAUUAUCAAAAUGCCAGUUGCUUACGUAGACACUACCUCAUAAUUUUAUGUGUUAAAUACAAAAAGAGAUUAUAUUUAUGCAGAGUACCUAUGACAUGCUUCUUAAUAUUUUGUCAUAGUAAUCCUUUGUCGUAUUACAAAACAUGUAACUGACUGGCAUUACAAAAUAUAUACCUAAUUCCUUCACCUACUGCGCCUUUCACACUAUUUUAAAACUUGAAAGAUUUGUUUGAAAUCCUAAUGUAUUAUUUGAAUUUAUAAAUAUUAGGUUUAAAUAUGAAUUUGUUAAAAUAUAAAUAAAUAAUAUUCGAUCGAUGUUGAGACUUAAAAUAUUAAGAAUGUGAUAGGUGUUUUUAAAUAAUUUAUAUUACGAUUACUUACUGUAAUGAUUAAUUGGAAUUUAUUACAUUUUAAUUAUGUAACUAUUUUGGCGGGUAAUAGUAGUUAAAAUGUAGGGUUAUUCCUACUUUUUGUCCAACAGUAUUUUUGUAAUUAACAAGAUCUGAAUUAUAAUCUGGAAUUAUAAAGUUGCAGGUUCAUUUUUAAAGAAGAGAAGAACGUACAACUAUGGAACUAAAAUGCAUUAAUAUGAUAGGUAUUAACUACACUCUUUUGCAAAAAAAACGGGCACCUAUGCGAAAUCUUGGUUUUAAGGCCUUGCCGUGUAUUUCAAAGGGUUUUAAUGAUUGUAGGAUGUUACUAGCGUCAAAAGGGUUAGCGAAGCAUGCGUGAGAGUGUGUUCUAAAUUUGAAUUUUGUAGAUUUGCUAAGAAACUGGUUAAACCUUGUUUUGGACUAAUUCCUGAUAGACAGUUCGUAGGGGUUUUGAAAAGUUUUUGACGUGAUUUUCGGAAAACUGAUAAUGCAGUUUUAAUUAAUGAUUAAUGUACCUUUCUGUUAAAUCUAAACAUUUUUGAAAAACUAUCCGUAGUUGAUAAAAUUUUCACCUGCUCUAAAUGGUCUAUACUGAUGAUAGAUGGCAAUGUUAGGAGUUUCGGUAUUUUUGUGUAAAGCGUUCUAUUGUUUAGAUAUUGUACACACGCGGUUUAAAAUAACCCUUUCUCAUAAAUAAACACAAUUUAGAGGAGUAUCAAUAUUUUGGGCUGCAACGAAACCAAUUUAAAGUUAGCAGUGCCGUUCACAAGUCGGCUCCUAUCAGACUUUGACAUUUUGAAAAAUCUUGAAAUUCUACAAAAUACAGAAAAUGACGCAUAGACUGUGAGCACGAGUUCUUAAGGUCUCGUAAUCACUGAUUUUUAAAUAACCUUGCCUCUUGGGAAACCCCGUAGACCUCUAAAGAUCUAUGAGUCUGAGCGUUCAAAUAGCGGGUUUUCAUCCCACGGACAUUUUAUUAAAUAAACCUGUCUACUCCAAGGUUUUCUGGUAUCCACAGCAUUUUCCUGCUUAAAUCAUAACAAUAAUUGGCAAACUGAUCAUUAAAAAAAAAACAUACUUUUGGCCAAUCAUUUUGAAGUCAUAACUCCCUUUCAGCUAAAUCAUCGUUUAGUAACCCGACACCUAUGGAGUUAUCGAGAGCUUCAACGCGGCAAUAAUUUGACUUUUUGGAUAGUUUUAACCCUUCUCAUCAUUUUUCAUAUGGUUACUUUUGCAUUUAUCACCAAAUUUGGUAUUUUUUCAAUGUCAAAGUAUGAUAGGAGACGAGUUGUGAUCUGGUUCUGCUAACAUUCAAUUUGUUUUGUCGCAGCCCAAACUACUGAUACUCCUCUAAAUUGUGUUUAUUUAUGAGAAAGGGUUAUUUUAAACCGCGUGGACACAAAAUCUAAACAAUAGAACGCUUUACGCAAAAAUACCGAAACUCUUAACAUUGCCAUCAAUCAUCAGCAUAGACCAUUUAGAGCAAGUGAAAAUUUUAUCAAAUACGCAUAGUUUUUCAAAAAUGUUUUGAUUUAACAGAAAGGUACAUGAAUCAUCAAUUAAAACUGCAUUAUCAGUUAUCCGAAAAUCACGUCAAAAACUUUUCAAAACGCCCACGAACUUCCUACCAGGAAUUAGUCCAAAACAAGGUCUAACCAGUUUCUUAGCAAAUCUACAAAAUUCAAAUUUAGAACACACUCUCACGCAUGCUUCGCUAACCCUUUUGACGCUAGUAACAUCCUACAAUCAUUAAAACCCUUUGAAAUACACGUGAAGUCCUUAAAACUAAGAUUUCGCAUAAGUGCCCGUUUUUUUUGCAAAAGAGUUUAUUUAGCCAGACAAAGGAAUAUCUGUUCAAUUGAAACUAUUAAUGAGUCCAUCAUUAUUUAUUCAAUUGUCUAAAAAAAUAACGAAAAACUUGUACCUUUAUAAUUUCAAACAGACUACAAAUUCUAAUAAAAUGCGCUUGUUACACGACAAUUCUUAACCCGACUUCGGAACGAUUCAAUGUUAGGAAAAGGAAAUAAACAUUUAAAUAAGAUGAAAAAAGUGAGAACGCAAAAAUAAAUAUGUUUUAAUCACUUGUCAACGUUGGGAGUAAAAUUGCCGUGUCAACAAGCAGCUAAGUGAUAGUAAAAUGGUAAUCAAAAGGAUGCAAUGGUAAUCAUAGAGUAAUCCUCAGUACCCCGAUAUCCGAGUGUCAGUAGACGUGACACAAGUGUAUGCUCAGAUGGACAGCAUUAUGUUGGUUGAAACGUUGUUUUUAUAAAAAAAUAUAGAGAAAAUUUGUUCCGAA